AUGGUUGCGACUACUACAAUUCCUAGUAAUACUCCUAACGGAGACUCGACAACUUCAACAACUACAACACGUUCAAAACGCCAACAGAGUCCAGACGAAAUUUUAAAUACAACACCAAAACGAAUAAAGGGUGCUCACGAAAAUAUUGAGAUCGAAGACCACUCAAGUCAGAUAAAUAAAGAGAAUUUAACAGCUACUACUACUGUGACUGUUUCAAAUCUUGAUUCUUCUACAGCUACUACACCUGUAUCUACAGCUACCAAUAACACCAGUACAGCACUGAAUCAGCCCGUAGCCCAACCAAAGGCACCUGAAAAGAAUGAAUUUCCAAAACGUCCCCAAAGGAUAGCUUUAUAUCAAAGAGGACCGGAUGGAUUCAUGUUUUCUAGUACGCGUAAACUCUUAUCCAACCAGGAUUCUAAAAUUAUUCUGACUGGAAAUGUUCAAGCAGUAGCCGUUGUAUCAACUCAAUCGUUGGAUGAACAAAAAGUGCCAACAUUAGAUUCUAUCAUGCCCAAAUAUCCACAGAUAAAAAAAGAACGGAAAACUGAAAUAGCAGUUCCCGGAAUAAAAACCCUGAAUUAUGGUCCUUUCUCAUCAUUUGCACCCACUAUUGAUACUUCAAAUUGCAUGGUAACCAUGGAAGAGAUAGUGCUAUUACAGCAUCCAAAAUACAGAAAGAAUAAUAAUGUACAUAAUAUUUCUCAACAACACAUUGAGAUUGAUUCGGAAGAAAAUGAAUCUGUGAACGAUCAAGAAGAACAGGAGGAGGAAUGUGGGGAGAAGGAGCAAAGCACAGAAAUGAUGGAUAUUGAUAUGAACAAUAGUAAAAAUACUGAUUUAGUAGAAAACGGAAUUGAAGAUUCAAAACAAACGGAAAAUCUCGAGAAUGAGAUUUUGAGUAUCGAAGAGAAUUCGUCUUCGCCAAUUCAAGAAAGUGAUGAAAUACUAAAUGGAGAAGAUGAUAGCUUGGAAGAGGAGAUUGAUAAAAAAGCGUCAUUGGAAGAGGAGAUUGAUAAAAAAACGUCAUUGGAAGAGGAGAUUGAUAAAAAAGCAUUAUUAGAAGAGGGUAUUGAUGUCGAUUUGUUAAUGCGAUUAUGUGAACCUGAUUCCCAAUCGAAAUCAACAAGUUCAUUUGAUAAAGACAAAGUAAUUACUGGCAAGGGUAAAGAGGUUUACAAGCAAGGUGCUGAAGUCGACCCGGAGAAUGAUGCGAUAUUAUUGGAAGAAAAUUUUCCGCUCUUUCAAGAGAUUCAAAAACUGCAAGAUGAAAGAUUUGCAAAAAAUCCUGAUUUAACAAACAAAAUUCCACCCCAUUUACUCGUUUCAUUAGAGGAAAUUGAAAGAGCAGCCGCUCGGAUACCGAUAAAAGAGCCAUCUUAUAAAGGAAUCCUUCCUGUCAAUAAACCGCAUGGUUACUCAACAAAUAGUGGUAUAAGCGAUAAUGUAAUUUCAAAUGGAUUCGCAGUACCGGGAUGGCAAGUUAAUAGUCAGUCUGCUUCAAGAUCAACUGGUAAUAUUCAAACUGGUGGUAUGUCGAUGCAGCCGCCACAUCAUUUAUCUAUGCGUGCAAGUCCUCCGCAAACGAGAUCAAUGUCAAGAGCCCAAAAUGUGAAUGAAGUAUAUCAUCCACCACCACCAUCAGCACUACCUUCUAUGCAACAAAUACCAUAUGUACCUAGUAAUACACCAGAAACUCCUCUUUAUCCAAAAACACAAAAUGGAUAUAAUCAGAUGACUCCUUAUUCUAUGAAAUCACAAUCUCCAUAUCAUCAUCCAUCGACACCUUAUCCUCCGUAUCAUCACUCUCCUUCACCUUAUCCUAUUAUGCCAGAUGUUGCUUACCAAAAAGAACAGCAAGCACCGGCAAUUGGAGUGCAACAUUCUUCAUACUCACCAUCGGCACAUCCUGGAUAUCCAGCACAACAACAUCCUAUUUCCUCGAUAUCACAAGAUGGUUAUUUGUCUACAUAUUCUUCAUUCUCUUCCACACAACCAAAUCCUUCAUCACACGCUUACAUGUCCACGCAGCAUUCAUCAUAUUCAUCGGCGCAGCAGACAAAUUAUUCACCAAUAACAAAAGCUUACACUAUCAAACCGCAAAGUCCAUUUCAUCAUCACCCAACUCCUUAUCCCACAUACCAACAACUCCCAUAUAAUAUGAUGCAAAAUGCUGCCUAUACUAAAGAACCACAAAUUAGGUCUUUAGGAAUGCAGCAACAAUCUUCGUAUAUACCAUCUGCACAUCCUGGAUAUCCGACACAACAGCUUCCUCCAAUUUCUUCAACUUCACAAUCUGCUUAUCUGCCGACUCAUCACUCACCAUUCUCAUCAGCACAGCAAACAAAUUAUACAUCUUCGCCAAAGUCUUCAUUCACUUUGAAUCAACAGGCUCCCUACAUGACAAUCCCACCAAUACAACCAUCCAUCUCGCCAGCUCCACAGGCUGCAUUCUCUGCUCAAUCCAAUAACUUGCACACACAUAUCUUCAAAUUGCUAAAUAAUUAA